AUGGCUUCAACAGUGGGAAAGAGAAAGGCUGCAGCCUUUUUAGAAGACUCUGCGAAGAGACAAAGAAUUGAGAGACUGCUUUCUCCUCCCAUGGAGGCAACCCAAGAAUCUGAGGAUGACGACAAUGAAUACCGGCAAGAAGGUUCCGAGUUUUCAGAAGAAGAACAUAUUGCGAAUACCCCAGUCACACCAUUUUCUCCAGGCCGGAAAAAGUUCCCUUCAGAAUUGAAGACAAUCAAGUGCACAACGCAUACGAAUGAGCGGCCAUACGUAUGCACAUACGAAGGCUGUGACAAGACAUACUUUGAGGACAAGCACCUUCAACAGCACAUCAAAGGAUCCCACACAAAAGAGCGAUCCUUUCCAUGCGACUGGGAGGGAUGCAAUAAGAGUUUUCUGACAUCAACUCGUCUGAAUCGGCACAAGAAUACACACACAGGCCAGCAUGUAUACCGCUGUACGACUUAUCCGCCCUGCAAUGAACCUUUCCGCAAGCACCAAACCCUUCAGCGCCAUAUUCGCUCUGUCCACCUUCUACUUGCACCAUAUCCAUGCACUUAUGUCGACCCAGUCACUUCUGUUCCUUGCGAAGCUGGAUUUGAUGGUGCUACUGGCCUUCGCCAACAUGUUGAUCGUGUUCAUGCAGCUAGAAGAAUAACAUGUUUCCUCUGUCAUGCGCCAGGAUUUAAGACAGAUCGAGAACUCCAGGCUCAUAUUCGGAAAGAACAUGCCAACUGCGCCUUCUGUGAUAUCAAAUGCUCAAGUCAGCGAGAAUUGAUGAAACAUAUCGAAAUCCAUCACUCGGGCAUUACUAUCGACCAGCGAAAGAACGUCCUCUGCACUUAUGCUGGAUGUAACAAGCGGUUCACCAAGCAAAACAACUUGAAUACCCACAUACGAACCGCUCAUAUGGGACAGCGUUUCAUCUGUGGUACUUUCGACCUUAGCACCUACUCGGAAUUGGCAAAUUUCGUUACCGAAGAUGGAUGUGGGGAUGAUUUUGUGUCAAAGGCCAGUCUAAUGGAUCAUAUCCGUACUGCUCAUCUUGGACUUAAGAGUCUGGUCAACGCAAACCGUAAAAAAUCAAGCUCCGAACAAGCAUUGUACCAUCAGGAUUCCGAAUACGAUUGUAUGGACCCAGCUAAUGGUUGCGGAGAGGACGAUUAUGCUCACACUCUACGAAAGUCUAAGCGUGGCAAGAGCGCCAAGCCUUCACUUGUUGAUGAGUUGUCUGGUAUCGAUCCCAGGAGGACUAUCCCAUGCCUCGUACCUACUUGUCAGGACAUGUUCAUACGGAACUACGAUCUCGAUGUUCAUAUGCGUACCGCGCACCCUUUCGUACCUGCCGCCAUUGAUCCUGGUCUUGCUGGACCGAGCAAUCAGUUUCCAUAUCCAAGUGUCGAUUUCGAUCUGUCUCAUAUGACCAUAGAUGUGGGUGAUGUAGAGCAGAUCUUAGAUCGUAACCUCCAACAGCCACUUCCUGGAUUGGAAGAUGACCAAGCUGAUUUCAACUGGGAGUUUCAGAGGCAGGCACUUGAAGGAGGACCGUUUUGGGUCGGCGCAGAUACAGGUGUUGGUGACUUUGAAGGGAAUUUGGACGAGUGGACUCAAGAAGAGGAAGAGAUGAGAGGGUUGAUCGGUUGA